AUGAUCAAAGUGCCCCGUGGUAUUGUGAAUCUCCUAUCCGAUACGGUAACCCGCCCCAAUGCCUCUAUGCGGCAGGUAAUUGCGUCUGCAGAGGUGGGCGACGACGUGUUUGGUGCAGACCCAUCCGUCAAGCGACUCGAAAAGGUGGCAGCUGAGCGUCUUGGGAAGCAGGCAGCGCUCUACGUGCCUUCUGGCACCAUGUCGAAUCUUAUCGCCAUCGGUGUGCAUUGCCGCCGUGGGGACGAGGUCAUUUGUGGCAAUCAAGCACACAUUUUCCUGUAUGAAGGCGGCGGAGCUAAUGCAUACAUGGGGGUGAGCUUACAUACAGUACCCAACCAACUGGACGGAACUCUUGAUAUCAAGGACAUCACUGAUGCCAUUCGAGGCAAUGACCCACAUUACCCACGCUCAAGACUUGUCGCGAUUGAGAAUACACAGAAUUCAUGUGGUGGCCGUGUCUUGCCUCUCUCCUACAUUCACGAAGUCGAGCAGUUCUGUACCGAGCACAAUCUGCGCCUUCAUGUUGACGGUGCACGACUGGCAAACGCAAGCGUGGCGUCGAAGACGUCAAUGGACGAAUUCGUUAGAGGUGCCGAUUCGGUCUCACUCUGUCUGAGUAAAGGGUUGGGUGCUCCCGUCGGCUCCAUCCUGGCAGGCUCAGACGAGUUUAUUCAUUACGCCACGCGACUUCGAAAGUCACUUGGUGGAGGCAUGCGGCAGGCCGGCGUCAUUGCGUCAGCGGGGCUUUACGCAUUGGAGAACCAGUUUGACCGCCUCGCUGAAGAUCAUAUUAAUGCGCAGGCCUUUGCUUACGGCAUCUCCUCUAUUCCGGGUAUCGAGAUCGACCCCAACGCUGUGGAGACGAACAUCGUCUUUUUCAGGUUGACUUUGGAUGCCAAGCUGGACGCAACGACGCUGGCACAGAAGCUUGAAGCCGAGAAAGGUUUGCUCGUCGGUGCAUAUGCAGACGAAAACCGCGUGCGCGCAGUUACCAAUCUACACAUUUCUAGUCGAGAUGUUGACUACGCCGUAUCGUCAAUCCGCGCGCUGCUCAGCUGA